CUAAGAAGUACUUGAAUAUCAGAUAUUUGUUGCACCCGUUUUUAGACAAGUGUGUCAACUUUGAGAAAAUCUUUCCCUUAAGUCCUCACACCUCUUCAUAUAUAUUUACAGCAAAAGGCAAUUGAAAAGGUAGGAAACUAUAUAUCCUGUAGCUCUAUAAAUGUAAUGGCAAUGAUACUGCCCAAUGGAAUGAACAAAAUGUAAAGAUGUUUUUAAGCAUUGUUUUUAUCCUUUUUACGCCCGGACAUCCUUUAUUACUAUUUCUACAUCUCACUGAACUACAUCUCACUACGGUAUUGGAUGGACUUAGGAAUCCACAUGCAUAAGCUAGGGGAGGUCUCUCCAUCAUUAAAAUUCCCAUUUUUCUCCCUUCUCUGGCACUGCUGAUAUGGUUAACACAAGCAAGUGUUAUCUUUUAUGAAAGUGUCUUUUCUUGAAAGGAUCUUUUUAUUUUAUAAGCCAAGCAAACCAGACAUUUUUGUGGGUGCUGGGGUAGAGGUGGAGACUUAACAUAUAGGAUAAAUAUAGAAGAAGUAGAGAAAAGAGAAAGUAUUUGGCAUGUGGUUACAACUUAGGCUAAAUAAAUUCCAGUGGUUACUCAAACUAAAAGUUUUGGGUUUUAGUUGGCUUUAUUUUUUUUUUUUUGUGAGUUGUUUUGUUUCCUUUUUAUGAUAGCAAACUAAACAGACUGUCAUCGAAUCUGAGACUGCCUUUGAUGCAGAGGCCAUGCUGAGACUGAAGGGGAAACCCAUAAAUGAAAUAAAGUCUCUGGGAAAUUGUGUGUUGUGAAAUGUAUGAUAAUUUAGGUUCCUUGGCUGCAGCCAUCACUCCUGACCAUCUGAGUUUGCAGCACUGACCACGAGGUUCCAAAUCAACUUUUUUUUUUUUUUUUUUUUUUUUUUUUUUUUUUUUUUUUUUUUUUUUUUUUUCCAGAAGAAAUGUCUCCCAGAGGCAGCAGGAUGCUGUGCUUUGUCUGACCACCGGCGCCCCGAUUGUGACACUGCCCGGGCACUCCUGUGGCACUGGGAAGGCGGCAGGACGGUCCCCAUUCCCCUGUGACAUGCGGCGCUCGCCAGGGCUGUUAUUUGGCCCAGGAGAACCUCCCUUGUAGGCGCAGGGCUUUUCGGUGUCACUGCUUGGGUGAGAGAUACGAACCCCUCAGCCCAAGGGAUUUCUGGCCAGCGGCGCUGCCUGGGGACGCCCGGGCCGGCCGGCCCUCGGUUAGGGGUCGCCGCCUGCGCUGCCGGUCAGGGUCCCGGUAAAACGAGAAAAUGUUUUAUUUCCCUGGAGGAGGACCCCGACACUGGAAACCCAAGGGACAACACAAGCGCCGACAGCCACAGCGGGACGUGCGGCCGGCUCCCCUCCCGCUCCCCUCGGAGCUGCGAGACGGCGGCGGCUCCGGAGCCGCCCCCACCCCGGCCCAGCGGGCAGGGCCGGGGGUAGCCCCCGCCCCAUGCCGGGGGAGCAGCCCGAGCCGCCCACCGUCCGCCGUGUCCAAGGGCCGCUGCUGCCGCCAGCCCCUCUCGUGCCCAGGGAACCGCGCUCGCCGCGGGCGAGCCGCUCCGCCCCGGCCUCAGAGCCGCCUGCCCGUCCCGCCGCGGGCCGGCUCCGCCAGGCCGGGACUCAUCCGCGACCGCUCGCUUCCGCAGCCGCCGAGCCGAGCCGAGCCGAGCCGGGCCAGCGCCCCCGUCCUCCUCCCCUCCGGCGCGGUGCGGGCGCGGCGGGGCGGGCCGGCAGCAGGACGGCCCCGGGCCGACUCCGCCCCGGCCGCGCGGGGCUGGCACGGCCGGGGAAGAUGGCGGCGGCGGGCGGGGGCGGCGCCGCGGUGUCGGUGUUGGCGCCCAGCGGGCGGCGGGUCACGGUGCGGGUGGGGCCCGGCACGGUCCUGCUCCAGGUCCUCGAGGAGGUCUGCAGGAAGCAGGGUGGCAGCCCUGGCGAGUACGGCCUGAAGUUUCAGAGGAAUGUGUUGGACCUGUCUUUGCAGUGGAGAUUUGCUAGGCUGCCCAACAAUGCCAAACUGGAGAUGGUGCCAGUCUCCAGCAGAGCAGGAGCUGGAACCACGGUUCGGAUAGCAUUACAAUUAGACGAUGGCUCCCGUUUGCAAGACACCUUUCUCUGUCAACAGACCUUGUGGGAACUUCUCAACCAUUUUGCAAAGAUCAGGGAGUUGAUGGAACGGGAUGGUGAAUUGUCUCCAGUCUGUAUUUACAUGCGAGAUGAGAUAUCAGGAAAAGAUACCCUGGAGAAGACAACACUGAAAUCACUUGGCCUGAUUGGAGGCAAUGCCAUUAUCAGAGUUGUCAUGAAGAAAUGCAGUUCAUCUGGUGGGGAGGAAGUUGUGGGUGCCACGGUGCCUUGUAAGGAGCCAACAGUGAGGCGAGGCUCUAUGGAAGAAGCAGUGGAUGUGCCUCUACCUCAAGCAAACACAUUUCCAAAGGACUUGGAGCACAGGGAUGUGGCUGUAUCUUUAAACAGCUGCACACACAAGCAAGACUCGAUUAAAGAUUCUCAUGCUAGCUUGGAGGAGCUGUGGCAUUCUCCAGAGCCUGAGCCUACCCCAUUUGUCCCUUUUUUUGGAGAUGGAGAGCAUCUGGGGGACUCUCCUGUAGCUGUACCACCUUCAAAGCUGCCAACAACUUUUUCCAGCCCUGGAGGCCCUUCUAAGCCAAAGAAGUCUAAGAACAGCCAAGAACUGAGAAAGGAGCAAGAACAGCUCGUAAAACGUGAACCCCUUGUAUGCCACCUAGACCUACUGGAACAACUUCCUGAUGGCCCAGAAGAGCUUCCUGAUGAAUUUUUUGAAGUCACAGUGGAUGAUGUACGGAAACGUUUGGCACAGCUGCAGAAUGAGAGGAAACGCCUGGAAGAAGCUCCACUGAUGACAAAAUCCUUGAAGGAGUCCCAGCUGAAGGAAAAGUUGGAGCGUUACCCAAAGGUGGUGGUGAGAGUUCGUUUUCCAGACCGCCACGUUCUGCAGGGCUUCUUCCAUCCCACUGAAACUGUUGGCAUUUUGAGAGACUUUGUAAGAAGCCACCUUGCCGAUGCAGAGUUGCCAUUUUACUUGUUUGUUGCACCUCCCAGAAUCAUCUUGAAUGAUGAAAGUCUGACGCUGUUUGAGGCUAAACUUUUCCCAACUGCUGUCAUUCAUUUUGGAUCGGAGGAGUGCAGGGCUUGUUACCUGAAAUCAGACCUGCUGAGCUCUGCAGUUUCUCCUUCUGCAGCUGAUUUAUUAGUAGCCAGAUCAUUAGUUCCUUCUGCUUCAUCAACUUUAGCAUCAGUGGCUCCAUCCCUAUCUGAACCAGAAGUGGGAAGUGACAAAGAGACCAUUGAGCAGCCAGAAGCAGCCAGCACUCAGGGAGCUCCACAAGUGUUUAGAAAGGCCCCUGGGAAAAUACCCAAAUGGCUGAAGCUUCCAGGUGGAAAGAGAUGAAGCAUGCUGGGCUGCUGGAUCACUGAGUUGUCAGCUGUGCCCUCUUCUCCAUGAACUUACUGAGAAUGUGUAAAAGACGUUGGUGGCCCUGGAGAGAUCUAAUCUGUAUGAACAUUAGUUAUAAAAAGAGAAUGGCUAUUUCAGAUACCAGUUGCAGCUGGUGGAGGAGUGGAGGGCCUGUUUGUGGUCUUUGUGACUACAGAAGCAAGGUUAGAGGAUAAAUUUAAGGUUUCUUGCGUGCAAAUAAUAAGAAUAGAGAAUUAAGGGGGACAUUAUUCUUAUAUACUUUCUGCAAAGGACUUUGUUUCUAUCCAUAUUUUUAAAUUCAAAUCCUCUCAGUUCCACCUUCAGAGAUCACUCGAGUCUAGCCUGUAUUCUAGUAGCAAGAUACAAUCUGGUUCAGCUUUACCUAUAAUUGUUAAGUGGUGCCUAGAACAAGACUUGUCUCUGCCUCUUAAUAAUUAGGGUUAGUGCUACUGAUAAUUCUGGACAUAGAUGGCUGGAAAAUGAAGAGGAAGCACUUAAGUUCCUUAAACCAGUUCAGAUCAGUGAACUUUCCUGUGAAGCACUUGGGCUGCUGCACUUGUAUUGUGUUCAGUUGCCAGAAUCUUGUUAACAAGGAACACAGGUGUCUGUUCAUGGAAUGCCUGUUGAGCUUGUUUCUGCCCUAAGCUCUAGUUGUAUUUUCACUGUGUAUAAUUACCAUCAGUAAUUAGUUACAGCAAGGGAAGAAACAUGCAGUGGAAGGGUCUCUUCAAAUGAGAGUUGAUUGGUGGCCUCAGUAUUCCCAGAGCAGGGUAGGCAUGCUCUGCACUGCAGUUAGUGAACAGGGAAAAGGCCCAGUCCAGAUCUUUGUCUCCUGCAGACGCCGUGGGGGGAUGAAUUGGUUAGCAUUGCCCUUACACUGGAGAUGAACUCUGUUGUGCCAUGGCAGUCAUGGCGCUGGGUUUUGUUUGAAGUCUUCUCUGUGGAUCAGUGAUCUGUGGAGAGCUGGGGUUCCAUGGUACAGUAAUACCAUGCUUUCCAUUUUCCUUGUUCCCUCCCUGCAAUACAUGUGCAUCUGCACAAUUUGUAGAUGUAAUAAAGCAGAGUGGCCACGGGGGCCCUUUUGGUCGGUCCCUUUAAUAGCUUCUUGCCCUGGCACUUGGUGUGUGUGUCAGUUCACAGGAACCUGUUCUCUUUUCAAUUGGCCUGUCAUGCCUCGUUCCCUUCCUCCCAUUUUUUUUCAACAAAGCAAAACGGAGCUUUGUACCAUCUGAAUAAACUUCAAAGUGGCUAGAAAGGGCA